CAUCCCCCUCCCUAUCUUCAUCCCCCUCUCCCCCUCCUGGACCUGUGGGAAGGCGGGCGGGACCUGGCCCUCCCCCCACCCCCUACUCCCAGCCUGGGGCCGGCAGUCGCCCAGUCAGUGGCCCGGGCAGCGGCGGCGACAUGCGGCUUCUGUUCCUAGCGGUGCUCCGGCCACACACCGGCAACGCGGUCACAGCGGGGCGUUUGCGGGACCAUCUAGAGGCUGCAGGACAUGCGUGCAUUCUGAGAGAUGCCUUUGACUUUGACAGCCCAUCUGAAAUUGCCAACCUCAUCAUGGAGGAGAACCUGGAAGCAGCACUGGCCCUUCACCUCUACCGAGGAGGCAGACUUCUGCAAGGUCAUGGCAUUCCUUUUGGUAUCAUCUUUGGUGGAACUGAUUUAAAUGAAGAUGCCAAUCACAGAGAAAAAAAUGAAGUUAUGGGGAAAGUUCUGGAGGAAGCCAGGUUUGCUGUGGCUUUCACAGAGUCAAUGAAGGACAUAGCACAGUUACAGUGGCCACAUGCUGUUGGUAAGAUCUUUGUCCAGAGCCAAGGAGUUUCAACGAUACCAAAUGACACCUUUAAUUGGAACACCUUCCUCGAGUGCUCAGAGAUUGACCAAAGUGCUGACAACUUGUAUGUGUUUCUUCUGAUAUGUGGGCUCAGGAAAGUGAAGGACCCUUUGUACUUGGUGGACGUGUUCUCAGAAUGGCAUCAAGAAGUACCCAGUGUUUACAUGGUAAUCGUAGGUCCUGAGGUGGAUCCAACAUUUACAAGGGAAGUGAAAGACCGAGUAAGGAGGGCUCCCGGGGUGCGGCUUAUCCGAGAAAUGUGCCAGGAAGAUCUGCACGCGGUACUGAAGAGCUGCUUUGCACUGGUCAACAGCUCCAUCUCCGAGGGCAUGUCAGCAGCCAUCCUCGAGGCAAUGGACUUGGAGGUGCCUGUGCUGGCCAGAAACAUCCCCGGGAAUGCUGCUGUGGUGGAGCAUGGAGUCACAGGACUGCUGUUUGCAAACCCUCAGGAGUUCAUUCAGCUGGCAAAGAGACUGGUUAGUGAUCCUGCAUUAGAGAAAGAAAUCGUGGCCAAUGGAAGGGAAUACGUGAAGAGACAUCAUUCCUGGCAGGUGGAAAGAGACACCUACCAGCGCCUCAUCAGGAAGCUGGAGACCAGCUAGGAGGAUUAAGUGAUGGAAGCCUGUGCUGCCACAGGCUGGCUUGGGGUAGACAUCAAGAGAUGGGAGCCCGUCUUGGACCGUUGGAAUCAGAUUCCCUAACAGUACCUCUCCAUCCCUCCAGUGCUACAGACAUAGUUCAGAAAUGCUUCCAGCUCAGUCCAGGUGGGCUUAUGGCUCAAUCCUGAAAGUGCUCAUGGCUUAGUCCCAGAAGUGCUUACAGCUCAGUGCCAAUGAUGGAGGUGCAUCUCAGGGACUUUUGGGGGAGAAUUGGAAGAGCUGCUUUUACAACUUUCUUGUGGACAAUAGAGGCUUCUUUUUUAAGCAACCACUGCAGACCCUUUCCCUGUCUGCCGAGUGAUCUGUGCCUGUCAUUGCCUGUUCAUGAAGCAGAAAUGCAAAGGUCACGGCUGCCAACUAUGUGGAACUGGCAGCAUUUUUGAUGUGACAGUGACCUGCAGCCCAUCCCAGGAUCCUCGGACAUGUCGGGGCCUGGGCUCUUGCCAGUGUGCUGAUCUAAGCCCUGGAGGUAUCACUCCUCACUGGUGCACCCAAGAGAUGAAUUUGCUUCUGGAAGAGGUCAGGCUGCCCUGCAGGCCCAGCUCACCUCCUGUAUCACACUGGGGAGGCUAGAAGAUGACUGGAUAGCCUGUGUGAUGGUAGCAACAUCACAGGAUCAGAGAACAAAUGUUGAAUGGGUCACAAGCUGCCAGUCCAUGGUGGGACUGAGACCAUGACUGUGUGACGUCACCGAGGCACAGGGAGAUGGGGAGUAUUUUGAUGGGAUCUCCCCACACCAGCACAUGGCUCCGCCUGUUUCCUCGAAUAACUGUGUUCUGGGAGCAACUCCACUGAGUCCUGAAACCGUUGGAUACCAGCGAGUAUUUGCUACAGUGAGAAGGUCAUAGAAUGUCCACUGGCUCUAAAGCAAGCCGCUUGGGGGAGAAAGAGGAAGGCAGCCAGGGGUAGCCACAUGGGGAGUGUUGAAGUUUGUCAGCCUCUGGAGGGAGCUGGAGAGUAAGCGUUCUUACUAUCCUUGCUCUCACUGUGAAGAUAAACGCUGGCUUUCGUUCUUAAAAAAAGCUCAAAGCAACAUCUUGUUUAGAGAGAAGCAGGCUGGAAGGAAACUUUGUAAGCCAGCACCUCAGGGAUGAGAGCAGCUCACUUUGAUUCUGGGUCAUGUAAUUCAGCAUUCCAUUCUGUACCUCAGAUACAGCCCAGUCACUUCACAAUGGCCACCAGCUGAGGCAGCAGGUGUCCCUUGCUCCUUGAGCUCCAAGCACGGGGGUGGGGGGGGAGGGGAGUGUUGGGAGAGCAAUGUCUCCCUUCUUUGGGCCCUAAGUUGUGUUGAGGUCUUGCUUCCCUGGGCACAGGGAGCAGGAGGGAGAGAUGAAACCUUCAUUCCAAGGGCAGCUCUCUGAGCCUGGAGUUCAGUGCCACUUCAGAGAGGCACUGGGAGGUCCAUUGUCACUGAUGUUUGUAAUGUGCACACAUACCAUGUACUUUGGGAAAGGGCGGGUUCUUAAAUCAAUAAAGUGUGUCACCAUCAGCCAUACAAAAACAACUGCUAUUCAUUUACAGGGGCAUGUCCUGUGGGAAGCAGCCCCUCCUACCAGUGCUCCUGAGGAAGCCAACACUGGUACAGAGUGUCUGACCAGAAGAGUUGAACAUGCAGCCUUGCUCUUGUACUAAAGUGUGGUAGUCAGUUUUCCCUUGGAAUAACAGACACCUGAAUAGCUGACUAUAAAGAGAAGUUUCUAGGGGCUGGAGAGAUGGCUCAGCAGU